AUGGAAUGCGAUGAGUUAGCCGUGCUGGAUGAUACUAAAGACGCCGACCAGUUUCGAACCGGGCUGGCAGCCGCUCGCACAUUAGGUGCGGCGUUUCCCCCGUCGCCCGUGAUGAAAACAAGGGCAUUGAACAACAGCAGCAGCAGCAGCAGCAGCAACGACAACAACAACAACAAGAACAACAAGAACAACAAGAACAACAAGAACAACAAGAACAACAAGAACAACAAGAACAACAAGAACAACAAGAACAACAAGAACAACAAGAACAACAAGAACCAGAUGCAACUCUCCCCCAUUCCAAAGACGUGGACCCUCAGCCCCCAUCCACCCCUGUUUCGGCUACCAGUGGUGCAUACCUGCUGCACCAGCAGCUUCACCAACAACACCUUUACCACAACCAACCGACAUACAUGUUCGUCGCCUGUUUCUGGCGGCAUUGGAGGUGGCUAUGUCGCCAUGAAUAUUCCUGGGCGUAAACCUAACGAAUAUGUCGGUGCGACUGAAUCAUCAACAUCACUGUGGUCAAUGAUGGGACGAAGCCAAGACAAGGUAUACCCCUCCAGUUCGAUAGGAAGCGUCAACGUCGCAGCAUGCUCGGAGUCCUCGUCGAGUUCUGACGAAGACGAGGAUAUGGACGAAGACACAGACGAGCCUUUUAUCACAACACCACAGGUUAGCAAGACCAGCAGUACGCACAUAGGUGGCCCACAAAUUUCCAUGCCGUGGAUGCCCAGCUCCCCUGCCAUGAACAGUCUUCUCUCUUUUACACACCGCCAGCGUCCUCGAAAACAGCCCAAGCGUAAAGCGCGCGGGCCGCUUUGGAUGGGGUUCAGCUCCAAUGCCGUCCCAUCCGCGCCUACGGCGUCUGGUGCUGGGGCAAGCACCAUGUCGAAAUCACCGCCGUCUAGCUUUGUCUUGGCACGCGACAGCCAGGCGCUGCAUCAGCAGCAUCCACGGCGCGAGAGUAUCAGUUGGGCAGCUAACCAGCUGAACAUCUCGGGCAGCGAAAGUGAUGACAACCACAAAGCAAAUAUGGACUCGGGCGAAAUUUUGGGGCCUCAGCGUGGUGUUGUCCGUCGUGCAGUGACCCGGCGAGGAAACCUUCUUCCGAAAACAAAAGGCUUUGCACGCAUUCGAGCAGCCCUUGCAGAAGAAAGCGCACCAGCAGAGGCCGACUUUCGCCGCGAAGCGGAAGUUGUUCGCCUGCUUGAGAGCGACAUGGAACAAACGGAACAUCGUCUUCCCAUUCCAUUGCCACUUCGCUCGACAACAACUACUGCCAACUCCAGCCCCAGCAUGUUUGACAGCAUGGACGAUCUAGCAGAUGAUGUGAUGGCCAUGGAUGCUUCAGCGGGGCUGGGCCUUUCGGUUGGAAUUGCAAAGCAACAGACCGAUAAGAACGCUGCUGGAAGCAGCCGCCCAUUUUGGUCCCGCAUUGGGCAACAUUCUACUGGCAAUCUUGACCACGGCCGGAAAGCAACUACUCCGCCACCCCACCAACUCAGAAGCUAUUCGGCAUCCAACGUGCCCGACGACACAUCCAUGGACUCACCGUCCGCAAGUGGAAACAGUGCCAGUGGCAAUGCCAUCUUCCCCAGUGGUGGUAUAUUUCCCAUGACCACGACCAGCUCUUCGGGGCGUGACACACCGCUACAAGGGCAGAUGGCAGCAUCUUCGAUCGGUGGCGGAGACAACCAGCAGAUGCAACCGCAGCAAACAUUACGGCAGCAGCAGCUUCAACAACCUGUGCUACCUAGUGCAGCAGAGAUUACGCGGCGUAUCAACAGCAAACGGCGCCGAGAUGAUGACCUCGACUUGGUUAGUUUCAAGCGUCGCGCUGUGAGUCCGGGCAUGAGCGUGCAUAACAGCCCUGUCAUGCAGAGCCCGCUACAACGAGACUCACUUCCUUGGGGCGGGACUAGCAUAAGUACGCCAUCGAAUGCGUCGCGCCCGGACAGCGGUGGCGGUCCCGGGGGUGGGAUCGGAAGCAUAGGGCUGUUUGAGGUACGGAACAACAACAGCGGCGACAACAGCAGUCCCAACAGUAACAGCAACAACGGCAGUACCGUGAACACAAACAGCUCGAAUGGCGGCCGGCGAGUCGCUUCUAACACGAAAACCCGCAUCGGAUACCAUGCUAUGGCAGAUGCCAACGACAGCAUCACGCGACUUAGUAUUGAGUAA